AUGAAGGAAAAAAUGAUCCAAAUUGAUGAAGAAAGUGAUCAUGAUUUCGAUUUUGAUCAAGAAAUUCACGAAAACUCACCUGAUGAAGAUGAAAAAUUGCCGGAAACACAAAAACCUGAAGUUUCUUAUACAAAAGAACAACUUGAAACGAUGGAUUUUCAUCAAUUGAACAAACUUCCCGCGAAUUUCGGGAUUAUUUUUUGUUGUCCUUUGUGCUCCGAACGUUUCAAAUAUGACAAAGCACUUAAAACUCACAUUUUACAAAAACAUUUCAAGCGUUUCAGUCCCGAAAAACGAAAAUCCGAAGCAAAAUCUUAUUUGGAGAACAUCUUUCCUCAAUGCGAUCUUUGCGAAAAAUCUCUUUCGUGGUACCUAAAAGCUCAAAAUAUCCUGGAUCACAAAUUUCAUCAUUACGGCAUCAAACCCUACAAAUGCGAAUUAUGCGGAUUUGCAACGACGUACAAGAAAAAAAUCCGAAAUCACAUGACGAAAGUUCACAUUCCGAAAUCCCAGCGUUCUGGAUGCUUUUAUUGCGCCGCGGAUUUCGCCUCAGGAGCUUUAAGGAACAAUCAUGUGAGAAAAUUUCAUGCGGAAAAGUUACUUACGUGCGAAAAAUGCGGCGUAAAGUUGUUGGAUCAAUCAACGAUGGCGAAACACAUGCAAUUUGAGCAUCCAGCGAACUUUCAAGGACUUGUUUGCGAGAAAUGCCCGGGCGGAGUGCGCUUCCCAAACGAACAUGUGCUCGAAUUACAUCGAAAGCUGCAUGAAAUACCAACGACUUGUCGUUUCAAGUGUCAUUUAUGCGAGCGACGAUACCAAAAGGAGGUCAGUUUGAAGCAUCAUUUGCGACUUCACGCCGAAAAUCGCCUAAUUGCAUGCGAAAUUUGCGGAAAAACGAUCGCUUUGGAGCCAAAAGGACCGCCGCAGCACAUGAGAAUCCACAAAACGCCGAAACCCGAAAGCUUUGAGUGCAACGAAUGCUCUGAAAAAUUCACAACAAAGAAUUUUCUGAUAGCUCACUUGAAAAAAAUGCACUUUCGUCGCGACGAGCCAUGUCAUAAAUGCGGAAAAAUGAUCCCGAAUUACUACAUAACACGACAUUUGGUGACUUGCAACUCCGGGGAGCUAAAAUGCGUUUAUUGCCCCAUGAUUUUCAAGAAAAUGAGCGAACGUAGCAAACAUACGAAACAAUUUCACAUCGGUUUCAAGUGCAAAAGAUGCAAUAUUCAGUUCGAAACGAACUCGCAACUGGAAUUUCAUCAAAGAUACAGCGAAAAUCACAAAAAUAUGAGGCUGCCAAAGUAUGUGCUCGAGAAAAAAACGAGAAAAAAUAAAAAUUUGAAUUAA